CUGAACCGUUUACAGGCACUCUCAAUAAAUUCGCUACUACAGUUUUUUUUAGUCUUGCAACCAGAACUUUAUCAUUUUCCAGAUCGCGCAUUUUCGCAGGCUGUGGCCACGUCAAGAAUUAAUUGUUUACGAUUUGGGCCUCAAACCGAAGUCGAAGAAGGAGUUACAAGAAAAAUGCUUAGUGAAAGUGCGCACUUUUCCGUUCGGAAUUUACCCGCAUUACGUACGCGAUUUGACGCAGUACAGGUGGAAACCUCUUCUCAUAGCGAUGAUGUUGAAAGAGUUCGGAGCAUUAUGGUACAUGGAUACGUCUGUGCGAUGGAAAAGCGAUAGACGCGAUAUCGUGUACAGUGAAAUCACCUGUCGUAACAAAACUUGGAAAACGACUUUUGCAAGUUGA